AUGAAAAAGUAGGAAGGACUUGUCGGUCGAAAAAAGAAACCAGCAGGGACUAAAAUACAACAAAGGCUGACCCUGCGACUGCGAGAAGGGAAAUCUCGAGGACUGCCUGCCUGCCUGCCUCAUUCAGCUUUGUCCAUCCCCUCCUCCCUCUCCCCAUUCUUUCCCUAUUAAUGGCAGAGAUGACUUCAAAUCUGAAAUUUCACCCCUUCGAGGAGGUUGCAAAGCACGAUCAGAAAGAGGAUUGCUGGCUUAUCAUCUCCGGGAAGGUGUAUGAUGUAACCCAAUUCUUGGAUGAUCAUCCUGGAGGUGAUGAAGUCUUGUUAAAUGCAACGGGGAAAGAUGCAACGGACGAUUUUGAGGACGUGGGGCACAGUGAUUCCGCAAGAGAGAUGAUGAGCAAAUACUAUGCUGGAGAGAUUGACAGCUCUACUCUUCCAGCAAAGGAGCAGUACAAGCCACCUCCAAAACAGCCCGUUGCAGCCAGCGAGUCUCAAGGUAUUUUAUUAAAGAUAAUGCAGUUCCUUGUACCGCUCUUGAUUUUGGGCUUGGCAUUUGCUUUGCAAAAAUUUGGCAAAAAAGACUAGGCAAACCAUUCCAUUUAUACAUGGGGUUCCUGUGUAUCGUUCACGCGAAUUAAAGAAGAAACUAUUCCUGCUUUUGCUGCUUAGAAAUGGUCUUGUAAGAAUUUGGUCGUUUUCCAUAAAUUUCCUGCCAUAGCUAGCCCCUUAUGUAUCGUGGACUUUUCGAACUGGGUUUACCUUAUAAUAUUGGAAUUUUAUUUUA